AUGGAUUUAAGCGAAUCUUACAACAUCCCUGAUCGAUCGAUCAUUCCCGAUAGAUGCUUACAAAUAGACCGCCGAUUCCUCCAAUCCCGUCUGAAAAGAAAGUCUUCACUACCAUCCACCACUCAAGAUUUAGAGCAAAGGCCCACUUUGACCGGGGUUGCACGAGAACUCACGGGUAGAGUUUUUAGUCACCCAGCGCCGGAAGAACCUAUGGUGCCGUUUCAUCGACGUGAAUUGGAGAGAAAUAGGAGGGCUGUGAAUAGGGAAGAAGAGGAGAAUCCUGAUCCUGAAUUACCAACAUAUCGCGAAAGUACGAGAGGAAGAACCACCAUGCCCUCUCCUCCUCUCCCGGUUCACUUCAGCGACGGUCAUCAUGGUCCCAUCAUAGAUGGCGUUUCGGUCAUAGCGUUUACUAUCCCAGAACAAGCGCCGCCUAAGUACGAGGUGGAGGCGGAUCGAUUGGCGUAG